AUGGAUGACCUUGGCUGUACCUCUUAUAAUAAGUUAAAAGGUGCAGUAUCCCUACUAAGAGACGAAGCUUACCAGUUGUGGAUUACCGUCAAAGAGGUCACUCAAGCUGAUUGUUUGACUUGGAAGUUUUUCAAGACUACUUUCCAAGCAAAAUAUGUAGGUGCCAGCUAUGUGGAUGCUCGUAGAAGGGAAUUUCUGAACUUAACUCAAGGAGAUAGGACAGUGGCUGAAUAUGAGGCUGAAUUUUUUACAAUUGAACCGCUAUCUCCUCAGAGCGAGCGAGAUUUUGUAGCACUGGUUGACAAGGCAAAAAUCGUCGAGGAUGUGACACGCGCUGUGUGCCAGAACAAUGAGAAAAGUAGAGGUAAGAGGGAUGCUAAGCCCUCAAAUUCUUUUCAGAGGUUUAAGAAAAAGCCUAGAGCUGAGGGGCCAACUAGAGUUAGGACCCCUACUGCUACUACUGGACCGUGGUUUUGUGCUAAUUGCGGGAAACACCAUCAGGGAGAAUGCUGGAAAAAGAUGGGUGCAUGUUUGAGAUGCAGAUCAUUGGAACAUUGGGUCAAAGAUUGUCAACGGAGGCUCGAGUAG